AUGCAAGUCAGAGGAACAGUGGAUAAUGUGCUUCAAGUCCACGUCAACGACCCAAAUUUCCCCUCUGCGAUUCUUAACAAGUUUGCUGAGUUCAAACGCACCCGGGACGUCGAUACAUCAGACAAGCCAACACUCACAUUGCUGAGUGGGCAAGUCUACUUGCUGGUGGCUCUGAUCUUGACCAACAGCCCGUACCCCGAAGUGCGCGCCAUCGUCAGCAACGACGAUGACCCACAGAUUCCUUGCUCAACGAUCCGAUCAUGGGCCAUCGGCCUCUUCUUUGUCGUUGGUGCAUCAGUGGUGAAUCAGCUGUUCAGUAUCCGUCAGCCCCCAAUUGGCGUCGAUGUCAUGGCGAUUCAGCUCUUGUCGUAUCCCUUGGGAAAGGCAGCAGAGCGAUUCCUGCCUGACGUUGGGUUCACGUUCCGGAGCGUACGCCACAGCUUCAACCCAGGACGAUUCAGCCAGAAGGAACAUCUUUUGAUUACCAUCAUGGCAAACGUGGGAACAAAUCGGCCAUACUCGAAUUUCAUUGUCUGGACUCAAGUCCUCCCCAAAUACUUCAACCAGCCCUAUGCAAGAACCUUUGGUUAUCAGCUCUUGCUUUCUCUGUCCUCUGAUAUGAUGGGAUAUGGGCUCGCGGGACUGUGCCGCAAGUUUCUCACAUAUCCAUCCUUCUGUCUGUUUCCCCAGAGUCUCGUCACGCUCGCACUCACCAACACUCUCCACCAUCAGGAGAAUUCGACAGUCACCGGACCCUUCAGGCGAAUAUAUAAGCUGUCCCGGUUCCGAUACUUCGUGUUUGCCUUCGUCGGGAUGUUCUGCUACGCGUGGCUCCCGGGCUAUUUGUUCGGAGCAUUGAGUAUAUUCAACUGGCUUAGUUGGAUUUCCCCACGCAACGUCAAUCUCGUUGCCAUAACUGGAAUCUUAACUGGUAUGGGCCUCAGUCCCCUCCCAACAUUGGACUGGAACAUGGUUACGACAGUAGUCGAUCCCCUUGUGGUGCCACUGAUUUCCACCCUGAAUAUAUUCGGCGGUGUCAUCAUCAGCGGCGCUCUCAUCAUGAUCUUCUGGUACACUAAUACAUACUGGGCCUCUUAUCUGCCCAUCAAUACCAACAGGCUUUUCAAUCGUUGGGGUAAGGCGUAUAAUAUCUCAGAAAUACUGGAUUCGCAUGCCGUUCUCGAACAGGCUAAAUAUCAGCAGUAUUCACCCGCCUUUCUAGCGCCGAGCAGCAUAGUCCAGUAUAGCUUCUUCUUCGCGACAUACUCCGCGCUCAUCACGUAUACCAUCCUGUAUCAGGGCCAGGCCAUCAGGAUGGGGUUUAGGAAUCUCAUCCAGAAGAACGGUCGGAAGGCGGCCAGCGCUCAUGAUGUCCAUUCUAUGCUCAUGUGCAGAUAUAAGGAGGUUUCCGAGAUAUGGUACACCGCGCUUAAUGUGGUGGCACUUGGCCUUGCCCUUGGCGUUAUUAGGGGCUGGCCAACCUACACAAAUGUCGGAAUAGCCUUUAUGGCGUUCAUUAUUGCAGCUGUCUUCCUUAUUCCGCUAGGUCUGAUCUACGCCAUGACAGGGAUUAGUAUCAAUCUGAAUGUGCUUUCGGAAUUCUUAGGUGGUCUCUGGACUCCCGGAAAUGCACUGUCGGUGAACUUUUUCAAGCUGUACGGAUAUACGACCAUUUCCAACGCACUACCAUUCAUCAGCGAUCUUAAACUAGCGCACUACGCGAAGAUCCCGCCGUGGCACACUUUUUGGGCGCAGGUCGUCGCCACGAUCGUAUCGGCCGUUGUGUGCACCUCUGUGCUCAACUAUCAAAUCGAUGGAAUUCCGGAUGUUUGCGAAAGUACUCAGAAGGAUCGCUUCACCUGUCCUGGAGUCAAUACUUACUUCACUGCCUCGGUGAUCUUCGGUAGCAUUGGCCCUCGCAGAAUGUUUGGUGCCGGAGGUCCGUACACAGCAUUACUUGCUGCCUUUCCAAUUGGUCUAAUGCUGCCGGUGCUGCUCUACUUUGCGCAAGGUCAAGUAUCCUGGCUGCGCCAUAUCCAUCCGGUGAUGUUGUUGCAUGGAGGGGCCACUUGGUCGCCUUUUAAUUUCGCCUACAUCUGGCCCGCCGUACCGAUUUCAAUGCUUUCAAUGGCCUACCUCAAGAAACGAUAUCUGGCAUUCUGGGCCAAGUACAAUUAUAUCACGUCCGCAGCCUUCUCUUCAGCAAUCGCAAUUGCCAGUCUGCUGAUAUAUUUUAUACUGCAAUCUAAUGGCAUCGAGUUGUCCUGGUGGGGGAAUGAUGCAGAUUCUGGAUGCGAAGCCCACGCAUGCGCACGACAUAUACUGACAGGCGACGAAUACUUUGGUCCGCGAGAGGGAGAAUGGACUUGA